UUCAACCAACCAGAGCCCCGUGGACCCUGAGGGCGUGGCGUGUGUUCAACCAACCAGAGCCCCGUGGACCCUGAGGGCGUGGCGUGUGUUCAACCAACCAGAGCCCCGUGGACCCUGAGGGCGUGGCGUGUGUUCAACCAACCAGAGCCCCGUGGACCCUGAGGGCGUGGCGUGUGUUCAACCAACCAGAGCCCCGUGGACCCUGAGGGCGUGGCGUGUGUUCAACCAACCAGAGCCCCGUGGACCUGUGACAUCAUCAUGUUCCCCUCCGUGACCCGUCUCCUCCCCUCUAGGGUGUCAUCGCCGCUCCUCCUGGCCGCCAUGUUGACGCUGGCGGCCGCCGGCCCCGUCUCGGGAUCGGACGCGGAGACGUGUUUCUCCCGACAGCAUCAGAACGCCAUAGUGAAUGUCCGCCAGGCGCUGGUCCGACCGACCACCGUCAUGGACUCCAGAGUCACCCAAUCAGAGAGAGACUGUGUUCUGGCCUGCUGCUCAGAGGACGUCAAGCCAGGUAUAAAGUGUACCCUGGCUGUGUUCAACCCUCACAAGCCCUCUGAGCCUCCCAACAACCACAACUGUCAUCUGUUCCACUGCCAGAGUGAGCAGGACUGUCCCCUCCUGACUGCUGAACAGGGCAUCAACACAUACGACAUCUUCAAAGGUUUGAUUCAUCCCACCACGGGGAUACCUACUCCACCUUCCACAAUCCAACCAACUACUACUACUGCUACUACUACUACUACUACAACUCCAGCACCUACCAUCAGACCACAACCCACUACUACUACAACGACCACCACUAAACCUACCACCACAACCACACCACAACCUACUACUACCACCACUACACCUACCACCACACCACAACCCACUACUACCACCACUACAACCACACCACAACCCACUACUACCACCACUACAACCACACCACAACCUACUACUACCACCACUACACCUACCACCACAACCACACCACAACCCACUACUACCACCACUACACCUACCACCACAACCACACCACAACCCACUACUACUACUACUACCACAACUACAACCACACCACAACCUACAACUACCACCACAACCACACCACAACCCACUACUACCACCACUACACCUACCACCACAACCACACCACAACCCACUACUACCACCACUACACCUACCACCCCAACCACACCACAACCCACUACUACCACCACUAAACUUGCCACCACACCACAAACCACCACUACUACCACCACUACAACUACCACCACAACCACACCCCAACCCACUACUACUACAACAACAACCACUACACCUACACCUACCACCACAACCACACCACAACCCACUACUACUACAACAACCACUACACCUACACCUACCACCACAACAACACAGCCAUCUUUAAUGAUAGUAACAACGGCUGUUAUAACACCACCGACUCCAACCACUAUGACAACAACACAACAAGCAACAUCCUGGCCACUAACAGAGGCCCACGCUACUCCUACAACAAUAUCUACAAUAACCACUAUGAACAGAAAGCCCAAUAAACCUCCCAAAAAACCUAACAAAUCGUCUAAAAACCCAAACCACAUCCUGCCACUACUACUACAACAACUUCUUUACGUGUCUCAACUACACCCCGCAGAGAUCCAGACCCCACCCCUCCAGCACCAACACCCGCAGAGACCCAGACCCCACCCUACAGCACCAACACCUCGCAGAGACCCAGACCCCAUCAGAACUACUGAAAAACUCCAGCCAGCCACUGAGCCAGCUACCUCCACCACCACUUCUACUGGUGCUACUGCCACCACUAAGAGCCCAGCAGCCAUUGAGCCCCUGAUCCCAAGGACAACACCAGAAAACAAGCUGGUGCUGGUGCCCAAGAGGGUCCUGGCAACCCCAGCCUCCCCAGGGACAGAGGGUCAGGGCGGGGGGAAGGAGGUGGCAGGGCGGGGGGCUCUGAAGAGCUCCCUGGUGGCUGUGGUGGUGGUAGGCCUGACCAUCCUGACUCUGGCCUUGGCUGUGGUUGGACGUAAGGCCAUGGAGUCAUUUGACCGGCGACACUACACCAGGCUGGAGCUUAACGACCUACACUACGAGGUGUGA